CCAAGACGGUGUAUUAAAAAAAAAAACUUGUCACUAUCAAAACAAAAGCUGUGUUCUUGCGACAUACAGCUAAACAUAUAACACUACACCAGCCAAAAAAAAAAAAAAAAAAAUUGGGGGAGAGAGAGCAAUGACUGGUCAGAAUCAGAAGCCGAGGAAUGACGGGGAUCGAGAAUGGACGGCGGAGAUCAUGCCGAGUGUCAUAGCUGCGCUAUCGUAUCUGCUUCAGAGAGUGGCGGAGAAGAACGACGAGCUGAUGAGGAGUCGUCCGUUGAUGAGGAAGUACCGGAGGAAGUCGGGCUUCCAUGGCCUGACGAAACCUUCUAUCUCAAUCAGAAGCUACGUGGAGAGGAUCUUCAAGUACGCCAACUGCAGCCACUCGUGUUAUAUCGUCGCUUAUAUAUAUUUGGACCGUUUUGUGCAGAAGCAGCCAUUUUCGCCGAUCGAUUCCUUUAAUGUUCAUAGGCUCAUUAUCACCAGUGUUUUGGUCUCUUCCAAGUUCAUGGACGACAAGCGGUACAACAAUGGAUAUUACGCAAAGAUAGGGGGGAUAAGUGGGGAGGAGAUGAACGUGUUGGAGAUGGAGUUCUUGUUCGGGUUAGGGUUCCAGCUGAACGUGACGCCUUCCACAUUCAGCGGCUACUCUUCUUUCCUCCACUCGCAGCGCUCUCUCCUUCCACAACCUUCUUUCGGAAUCAACCCUCGCGACGAAGAAUCUCCCCAUCGCAAGCAGCAGCUCGCUGUUGUCUGAAACCCAAACCCUCUCCUUUGUUUGGAGGGUUUAGAAAUACUAGGACAACGUAAACAUACAUAUUGGAGUUUACAGAUUUGUUUUCGAGACCUUUUCUUUCCCUUAUGUGUUUGCUUAUCAUUUUUCUCUCUGUCGUCGAAGUUCUCUAUUAGUUAAGUUCGGAUAAUGGCAUGAUGUUUAGUUUAGUUAUA